CACCAUCUAAAAUCGCACAGCUUGACUUAAGUUGGUUAUUUAUAAUUGAACAAACACCUGUGUGGCAGAGGAUUCGCGCGCGCCGCCUUUACGGUAAAGCCUCGUGCAGACCCCGCCCUCCCUGUGAUAGAAAACUCGGUGAUGUCGCUUCAUCUUUAACAAGCUUGACCCAGAAGCAGCGAAGGAGGGGAAAACAAGAGAGAAAAGCAGCCACCAAACGGACUAGCCUGUCUCCCGGGGGUCUUGUGGGCGAUUUGCAGGACGCUUCGGUUCCUCCCUGUAGAUCCACUCGUUUCUGGGCUUGGUGCUCCUGUCCCCCUCUUCCCAUGAGCAGCUAAAGCUCUGGGUUCUUGGUGCCAUAACUCCACCUGUUCUGCUAAGCCACGCCCACUGGUGAAGUGUGUAUGGAGCAGUGUGAGAGCGCGGCAGCUCUGCUGGAGUCAGUCAGGGAGCAGGAGGUGCAGUUUGAGCAGCUGAGCCGGGCCCUGGAGGAGGAGAGGAGGAGAGUGGGGCUCCCCGCCACCAGCCCCUCCGCCAUGGGCCUCCCUCUGCCCCACAAGCAGAACGGGCGCUUAUGUGAUGCAGACAUUGAACGCCUGAAACUGACCGACCCAUACAUAAACGGCACGCAGUACAGAAUGGUGGACCCUGCACACAACUCUGUAGACGAUGGCUACACACCAGAAGACGACUCCCACGAGGCUCAUUCAGUGUUUUCAGAUGAAGGAACUGCCCGGAGACAAGAUAAUGGGAUGAAGAAGCCAAUCUCGCGCACAGUUAUGCCCUCAGACUCCAUGUCCAUUGAUGGGGGCCUCUCUGUGCCCGGGAUGGGGGUGUACAGUGCCACGUUGGACCGGCCCUACAGACAGGUCGGAGUCCCAGACUACCCCACUGCCACAGUCCCCAGGAAUUACCACUACGGCCCUGUGGGUGGAUAUGACGACUACAGAGCCCCUCCCUCAGAGGCAUACACCAGUUUAAGCAGAGGGUCACACAUGGAAGAGCGUUACAGGCCUGUUGAUGGCUACAGAACUUUGGAUUCUGGUUACCGCGCCCCCAGCCGGCAACAGAUGGACCCUUACGCUGCUCAGCCCCAAGUGGGCCGAGGGAUGAGGGGCAUGGGCUCUGCUAUGGACAUGAGGUAUGGGCAUGGACACUACGGCCUCGAGGACGACCAGCGUAGUGUGGGCUAUGAUGACUAUGGGAUGGGACCCCCGCCCAUGCACCCUGGGGGUUAUGGGACCAUGCCCCGCCUCGGGCCUGGCCCAGGAGGCAUGGACCGGAGAAGGUUAAGGAGUUGUGAAGACACUUUAGACAGUGACAUUGGAGUGGACCCUUAUCCCUGGGGAGUCCCUAUGACUUUGGACAGGGGGAGCAUGGCGUCUCUGGACAGCACACUGCGAAAGGCUCCUCCCGGCUCCUGGAGACAACCCGAGCUACCUGAGGUCAUCGCUAUGUUGAGCUAUCGUCUCGACCCCGUCAAGACCAACGCUGCAGCCUUUCUGCAGCAUCUCACCUUUAAAAAUGACAAGGUCAAGUCAGAAGUGCGGCGAUUAAAGGGUAUCCCAGCUCUGGUGUCUUUGCUGGACCACCCCAACAAGGAGGUGCACCACUCCGCCUGUGGGGCACUCAAGAAUAUAUCCUAUGGGCGGGACCCAGACAACAAAAUUGCAAUCAAAAAUUGUGAUGGCGUGCCAGCUUUGACCAGAUUACUUAGAAAAACACAUGACCAGGACCUUACAGACACCAUCACAGGCACUUUGUGGAACCUCUCAUCACACGACGCUGUAAAGAUGGAGAUAGUGGACCACGCCCUUCAUGCACUAGCUGAUGAGGUAAUAGUGCCACACUCAGGCUGGGAGCGCGGAGGUAACGGGCCAGAGGAGAGCUGCAAACCACGGCACCUGGAAUGGGAGACUGCUUUGACGAACACAGCUGGCUGCCUUCGGAAUGUGAGCUCAGAACGAAGCGAGGCCCGGCGAAAGCUGAGAGAGUGCUCUGGUUUGGUGGAUUCUCUCAUGUAUAUUGUUCAGUCACAGAUCAACCGCAAAGAUGUAGAUAAUAAGUUGGUGGAGAACUGCGUCUGCCUCCUGAGGAAUCUGUCCUAUCAGGUCCACAGGGAGAUCCCGGGCUGUGAGCGCUACAUCGAUACCACGCCGCUGAGCCAAGGGGGCGCUCACGGUGCUAACAAAGGGGGCUGUUUUGGGUCUCGAAAAGGCAAAGACGAGUGGUUUUCAAAAGCAGGAAAGAAGGAUGGAGACGAUGGAAGUGCGGACCAAGUUGACAUUCCAAAGAGGACAACGCCUGCCAAAGGAUAUGAGCUUUUGUAUCAGCCAGAGGUGGUGCGAGUUUACACUUCACUUCUCAGAGAAAGCAAAAACCCCUCAGUGCUGGAGGCUGCAGCUGGUGCCAUUCAAAACCUGUGUGCUGGACGAUGGACGUAUGGUAGAUAUAUUCGAGCUACUGUGCGUCUUGAGAAAGGUCUUCCAAUGAUGGCAGAGUUACUGGCCCAUGGCAACGACCGUGUGGUUCGGGCCAUGUCUGGAGCGUUGAGAAACCUUGCCAUCGACAGCCGGAAUUGCGAACUUCUAGGUUUACAUGCAGUGCCUCAUCUUGUGGCCAAUCUUCCUGGAGGCCAAAGUCAGUCGGGACGCGUUCUUUCGGAGGAAACUGUGGUGUCUGUACUGAGCACUCUGGCUGAGGUUCUUGGGAACAGGCUAGAAGCAGCCAAAACCCUUCGAGCUACCCAGGGUAUCGAGAGGCUGGUGCUCAUCAACAAAGACGGAAAGCGUUCAGACCGUGAGGUGCGAGGAGCCGGGCAGGUGCUGCAGCUCAUCUGGGCCCAUAAGGAGCUCCGACGGCCUCUGGAGAAAGACGGGUGGAAGAAAACAGACUUCAUGGUGAAUCUGAAUCCUGUCGCUAACGGUCCCAGCACCCACGCCAACGGCACCUAUGAGGACAGCACCACGCCGCUGCUCGACAGAGGGGAGAAGAGAGAUAUAAUUCCUCUUAACGAUCUUGGCCCUGAAGCCUACUCUACACUGGACCAGAGGAAACGCACUCUGGACGACACUGCUGCCACUUUACCACGAGGGGUGUAUGGGGCCAGAAAGGGCUCCCUGCCCCUGUUGGACUCCUACGAUGGUUAGCCCUCCCCUCCCUCCUAACCCCUCUGCAUGUAACAGCAUGAAAAACUAAUAGUGUGCAUCACCCAGAUGGGGCCAUCCCUGCCCUACCACUGCUACUGAAGAAGAUCCCGAUGCACAGGCCCCCUUCACCACGGGAUUAAACCACCAGGGGGCGACAUCCAAAGAGACUGUUUGCAGGCAGAACAUGACAUGCAGCACAUAGUGACACAUAGACACCCACUUUUCUACAAAUCUAUUGUAGCAAACAGAAUAUAUACAAUUUUUAAAUUAUUCUACUUAUGUAUUGGCAAUCACCUUUGUUGACAAUCAUUUAAUUUUGGUGUUGUCAUUCUUGUUCUUUUUCUCUUGCUCUUGUCAACAUUUUGGUAAAACUUUGUCAUGGUCAAGUUGUUGCUGCCAACACUGCAUCCUAUUGAUAAAUUGUUCUUCUAUGUAGGUUAUAUUCUGUAUAUAAAAAGAAAAUGGAUGACUGCUUAAGGUUUGACGACUUAAUUUAAAUUGCCCCCUUUGAUGGGACUGUUGGGAGUUUUGGACUGGCUGACGUUUUAGCAGAAUGUGAGUGACCUGUAGAUCAAGAAUGUUGUUUAAUAUAGGCUUUAUUUUCCUGUGUAGACUUAUUUUCUCCUGCUCGGGUCAGAGACUGGUGUGAAAAAGCCAGGCGUGUGUAUAUUUGUCAUACGAUAAACCUGUGAUAGUGUGUAUGUGUGUCAAAUGAAUAAGGACCUUACGCGUUAUGUUGUUAUUAUGUGUGCAUUAUGUUUGUUGAAUGCACGCUUCUGUGACAACUUUGUGUCAGAUGUUUUGUACAAAUCGCCUCCUUUUUUGUUUGUUUGAGACCUUGCUUUUUACCUUUCUCCCACUGAAAAAUUAUUGUCUGACCUCCAAAGGUUGCCAGAAAAGGCGUAAAAGAAAAUAAAAAAAAACACUACUAAACCAAUUACUCAAAGCUAACGUUAUAUUCAUUCAAACAUUUAAACAGGGGCUAAGUGUAAUAUCACAGAUCUGCUGCUUUUGGCAAUGUUGCACAUCACAUGCACAUGAAUUUUUGAUAACCUCAAAGGAAGCUCAAUAAUGUUUUAAUUGGGAUACUGAUAAAAUAAGCACAUGUUCAACCUAAUGUUUUUACAGCUUUUUUUUUUUGUACUGUUUGCGUAUUUUAGUUUGCGAAAGAUCCAGUUUUUUAGCCCUGGUUUUAUCAGUUACUUUUAAGGCAAAAGAGACCAGUCAUCUUUGUUUUUUUAUAACUCCACACAUAAUAGUAUAUUUGUAAUGUUGCCUAUCCGUGUAAAAUUAUGAUGUACCAUUCGUACCUGCCUUGGCUCUUGAAGUUGCUUUUUCAGUAUAAAAUGUAACUGUUAUACUGUUUUUAUAAAUAAAGAUUUUUUCUUAGA